UACGUAUCUUAUUUAUUUUAGUUUUAUUACUAUUGUUAACUCAAGGGAUUAGGAUGUUAUUUUGGUUUAGUUUGGGGGGUGUCUUGUGUAAGUGUCUUAUUUAUUUAAUGGGUUUACGUAUGGAAUGAAAAUCAAGCAGAAUUUGAGUCAAAUUUCCUUCUAUCUCUUAGCUUUCUUCUUCCCCAAGGUUUUAACCCUAUCAAGGGUAUCAGAGCCGUUCCGAUCUCCGGUCGGAAUUACUUUCGGUUACCAUGACUAACACUCGCAAUCAAGAAAUUGACAGCACUCUCAAGGAACAUGGCAAGGCAAUCUCAAAUCUCCAAGAAACCCUAGCCGCCAUGUUGAAACAACAAGAACAAUCGAUGAAACAACAAGAAGAGAUCUUACGAGCACUCAAGGAGUAUUCAAGCGGUGGCAGUUUUAGUGGCGGCGGAGGCGGCUUCAGCGGCGGCGGCCCUGAUAAAGGGCUAUUUAGCGAUGAUUCGCGGACGGGUACUCGGCCUAUGCGGGUCGGGAAGGUUGAAUUUCCUCGGUUUUCAGGUGAAGAUGUGGAGGAUGGGCUGCAACCCGAAGAUGUCAAAAUAACACCUCCGGUUAACGCUUCAAAACUUCCGUUGCUUCCAGAUCCAAUAGAAGUCCCUAGGCCACCAACUUAUAAACCAGCAACUAUUAACGCGAAGCACUUGUCAGGUGAGGAACUAGAGUUAAAAAAGUCAAAAGGAGAAUGCUUUUGGUGCACUGAAAAGUUCGUUCCAGGACACAAGUGCAAAAAGAAACAACUUUUUGUGAUUAAUGUGGGAGGCGAUGAGGAAACUGAACAAGACGACAAUGGUUAAGGAUUGAAUUGAAGAGCUUACUUUUUGAGGGCAAAAAGUAGGUUAAGGGGGGAGUAUUGUUACGUAUCUUAUUUAUUUUAGUUUUAUUACUAUUGUUAACUCAAGGGAUUAGGAUGUUAUUUUGGUUUAGUUUGGGGGGUGUCUUGUGUAAGUGUCUUAUUUAUUUAAUGGGUUUACGUAUGGAAUGAAAAUCAAGCAGAAUUUGAGUCAAAUUUCCUUCUAUCUCUUAGCUUUCUUCUUCCCCAAGGUUUUAACCCUAUCAGAUUUUCUAUAGAGUUGAUUGGUGAUUCCAACAAUCCAACUGCAUGUGGUGGAUGAAAUAAAAUGUCAAAGAUAUCAACGACCAAACGCCAUGUUAGUCAGUCUCCGACCAUCACUAUUCUUCCAUUACCGGUUCAUUUUUGUUUACUAAAAUGAGACAUGCCUCAAAGAGAAAGAGUGGCGAAUGAAAAUUGGAAUUGGAAGCAGAAGCACGAGCACAUCGUACUAAAGCGGAUAACUUUCUUUCGCAUGGUUGGAUUGAAUCUUGGAGAACGAUUGGACCAACUCGACUACUGCUGGAACCCAUUUCAGAGCAAUAAUGAAGCUGCUUAUUACUAUUUUUUGGGUUGUCAAAUUUUGACGACAAAGAUGGAUUCUUUUCUUUUUCUCUACACACUCCAUUUUCUUUUCCUUUCAUUUUCGCUUUUUUAUUUAUGUCUUCUCUUUUCUUUUUACUAGAUGUAAAACCAGUGUAAAAACUAUGACUUCUCUUUUCUUUUUACUAGAUGUAAAACCAGUUUAAAAACA